GAACGAAAAGAGCAAGAUGUAAAGUUACUUGCGACAAAAAUGUGAUUUCUUAACAGAAAAAAGGUUAAAUGCAGGAAAAACUUUAAUUAUAUCCAUUUCAAGCCUUACGCACCCUCUCAGAUUGUGAAUGUAUCAGUUAAUUUGAGAAAAUCGCCUGGAAAAUGGGUUAAUUUUAGCGUUGUCGUCUGCAGUUGAUGUUUCUGCAAAACAGCUGAGCAAAAAUGUCGAGCGAAAAUGAUUUUUUCAAGCUUUUAGCAACACGAAAGAGGCAAAUUAGUCAAGGCAAUACUGAUCCAAAGAAACUCAAAUCUGAGAUUUUAGCAUUCAUAGAAGAAAACCAAAGCUUUGAAGGGAUUUUAUCAGAGGUUUCUGACUCAAAAGAACAGAAGCAUGUCCAGAGUGAUCUUGGAAGCAUUGACAUCUCUGGUGAAUUUGUUGUGUCUGAUUGUAUAAGCUUAUUGAAGCAUCAAGCCAAGAAAGCAUCAUGUACACUGGACCUUCUAGCAGCAGAGCUGUUGUCUAAGAAGUUAUAUCAAGCGAUCUGUAACUGCAGUGAUGGAAACUCACAGUUCUUAAAUGAUAAGCAAAAGGCAGUAAUGUCAACCGUCGUGAUGAUCAUCAAAGCACUUUUAAAAGAAAACUCUUUUAAUAGAGUCCAUUUUGCAAAGUGCUUAUCAUCAGGACAGCAACAUCAAGUUUCUAGCCUUCCUCUUGAAGUGUUAUGGAUCCUUCAUACAAGUCACAUUACUUCAUUUAAUACAUAUCUUGCUUGCUGUUCAUAUAAUACUGUGUCCUGUGGCUCUUUAGUUAAAGGACUUGUUGAAACAUGUAAUUCCUCACCACCUGAAAGACAUAGCGACCAAGUAGCAAUGAUAUCAGUUUUUGUUAGUGUUCUUCUGCCACUUGCUUACAAAGAAAAACCAAACAACGAUAAGAAGACAAAUCUCGAAAAGGUUUCAGAGGAUAUUCUUCAAAAUAUGAUCAAUAAUAAUAUGCUAGAAUUUUCAUCAAGUGAAGAUGAAUCAUCUGUGGAGUAUUCCAGGAUUGAUAUUUUGGAAGUCAUACGUCACAUUCAAGACAUCCCAGAAGGGACCAUGUCAAAAUUCUUUACUGAUCGACUUCACAAACUAUUGUUUUCGUCCUCUAAAAAUUCUCAGGUUUCAGAUGCAGUAAUGAACCAAGGAAAGUGGAAUUUUUCAUCUUUGACAGAACAGACAAGAACAAGAUUUCAACAGUUUCUUUACAUAUUUGAUCCAAAGUCAAUAAUGGAUCAUUUGAGUCAAGCAUUCACAAGAAAAGAGGUUGAUUGGAGGACAAUACUGUCAUUUCUUUCUGUUUUUCUUGUUUGCCAAGAAGAAGCUGCAGCCUUGAUCAAAGAGUACACAGAUAGCCUGUUACAAGAUGCUAUGACUACCUGUGACAUCCACAGCAUGGCUGUAUUACUGCUUGUCAUCAGACAAUCUUCCUUGGAGGGUACACAUGUCUUUCCUUCUUAUCUAACAUGGUUUAAGUCCAAGUUUGGAAAUGCGGCCACCACACUUCUUAACAACAAAAAGACUGUGCAGUUUUUUAUGCAAUUUUUAAGUGAGCUUGUACCUUAUGAGCCAUCUUAUUAUCUUAAGGUCCACAUCAUCAAGUCACCACAGGUUCCUGCUAAGCUACGUAGCUUCAUACAUGAUUAUGUCUCUCUUGCUCGAACACGAUUGAUGGACCUCAAGGAACCUGUAGAGCUGACAGGAUUGUAUGACCAUGAAAGCUCCAUCUUACUUCCAUCAGAUGAAAAGACAGAACAUCAGAAGCUACAAGAGCAAGCAAUCAGUGAGGUGGAAAAAGUUCUUGAUUCUUAUGGCAAGACAGGAAAGGUUCCUGGUAGCGUCAUGGAAGCAAGUAUUUUCAGAAAGCCUUAUUUCAUUGGACGAUUCCUUCCUGCUCUGUUGACCCCUAGAAAGCUUCCUGAUCGUCCUGACACCAGGUGUAAAUUAAUUGAUACUUUAAGCAAAGCUGGGAAAAUCUCCAGUGGAAUGCUUGAUGCUUAUUGCAAAGCUUGUGAAAAAAUGGCAUUUGAUUGUGAUGAAACAUCAGCAGAGGAUGACUGUGGGCUCAGCGACCUGGAAAAACUUAAAAAGAACCUGAAAAGCUUGUCCAAGGAUAUAAUUCAGUCCUUUGAAAAUAAUAACAAAACCAGUAAAACAGGCAUUCCUGCAAAAAUCUCCCUGUUAGCUGGACACAUUAAAUCUAUGGUUAAGACAGACAAUAAUGUGACUUUCCCCUCCCCUGUGGUGAUUGAUUUGACAUCGCCAUGCUUAGAUGCAAAAGCAAUACAGAUAGUGGAUUCACUCUUGAAUGCAUUUUGUCGUGUGUGUAUUGCAACAAGAACUGCAAUAAAUAGCAAUGACCAUUCAAAAUUCAAGUGGUURUCAGAGUUUGUUGCUAUGGUGAUGUCACUACCUGCUAUUCGUAUGCCGCUGUAUUACAGACUGUGGGAACUUUUGUGUUCUAAGGGUGCUUUGUCACUAACCAUCAGCCACAUUCAAGGACUGGCAUCAUUUUUAUGUCAUGUCAACUCACAUCACAUGACACCAGUCCUGUUAUUGAACGUUGGUAAUGUGAUGUAUAAAGAAAAGCAAGAAAAGAUAUUUUCAUUUGUCGAAAAUAUUUUCCAUUUAAUUCCAAUUGCAACAUCUGAAUGGAUGGAAUUCUACGUCAGAAUUUGCUGUGCGUAUCUACAACAYGCAGCUGAGUCAUUCAGUGAUGUAGAAAUCUUACCACCACAAGGAAAGCCAGGAGAUUUGAAAARGAAUAAAUGUUUUGUACCRCAAAUGCUCAUGAAAAAGCUAUGGUAUCUCAUUCAUCGUUUCUCCUUCCAUGCCUUUUACAAACAAGACUGCAGGUUUAAUCAUAAAAACAUAGUUGAUACCAUAAACACAGUCAAGACAACAGCACUGUAUCAAAGACUGAUUGCAGCAGCGCCAAAGGACAUGUGUUGA